AUGAGCCAAGGCAACCACACCAAUGUGAAGGAGUUUGUCUUCCUGGAACUCACUCGCUUUCAGAGGCUGGAGUGUUUUUUGUUUGUGGUCUUCCUUAUUGUGUAUGUAACAACGAUAUUGGGCAAUGUCCUCAUUGUGGUCACCGUCACCUGUGAGUCUCGCCUGCACACUCCCAUGUACUUUCUCCUGCGCAACAAAUCACUCCUGGACAUUGUUUAUUCAUCUGUCACUGUCCCCAAGUUUCUGAUGACUCUUUUAACCAAGAAGAAGACCAUCUCUUACAACGGCUGCAUGAUGCAGAUCUUUUUCUAUCACUUUGUUGGUGGGGCAGAUAUUUUUUCCCUCUCUGUAAUGGCCUAUGACAGAUACCUUGCAAUUGCCAAACCCCUCCACUAUGUGAUUAUUAUGAGGAGAGAGGUAUGGGUGACCUUGGUGGUGGCUUCCUGGGUGGGGGGUGGUCUGCAUUCAAUUGCUCAGAUAAUUUUGUUCUCCUUUGAAGCACAUGUCAAGGGUAACAGGAUUAACAUCAUGAAUCACGGAUCAAGGCAGUUGACUGAUUAUGGCUUUAAACAUUUUGUAAUUUGA